AUGUCAUUUCCUGAAUCACUGCAAAAUACUUUUUUACCUCAAGAAAUCCAAUUUAUAGUGGAAAAUGAACCCAUAAAGAUACUUCCACGUAUCACUACAAGACAAAGAAAACAGUAUCGACAAGGCUCAAAUUAUGAUCCUGAUUCGAAAAAUAGUCAUCCUAUUAAACCUUGGAGAUUAAUCACUACCAAUGAUUAUAACGUCAAUAAUAUGAUUGCAAUGAAAAGUACAGAGCUACCAUUAUGGAUGGCAGUUUUAUUAAAAGAGCAAAAGAAAUGUAAUAUUAUAGCACCUAAUUGGAUAACUGUUUCCAGUUUAGAUAAAUAUAUUGAUUUUGAAUUAAAAAAUCCCAUGAAAUUUAGCUCCUUGCCAUGGAAUUGGCUAGUUAUUGCAUGUAUUCUUUUCACUAAAGCACCAGAUGAUUUAACCGAUCCUAUUCACUUAUUAAAAAGUCGAUGUCAAGACUUAAGAGAAAUACGAUUGGCCAAAGUGCAAAAUGGUUUAGCUAUAUUAAAUGAAAGUCAUCUGCAACUGGAUAACCUAUCCCUGAUGGAGAUUAAUGAGAUUAGACCAUAUGCUACAAAAAUAUCUGACAUGUUUAAAAACCUACACAAAAACACUGCGGCAGGAUUAGGAGAAGAUUAUGAUAUGCAUAUGGACACGUCCGAACCUGGCGCUAGUUCUAAUAUGACACAAAAUCCUUAA